UACCUGAGACGUCGGUUCACCUACUGGUCGCGUAAAGGUGUACCAGGGCCAAAUUUCAUUGAGUACGAAGCAUUUACCGGUGUUCACCACGAAUAUACGCUGGAAGCAGUUAAAAAAUGGGGCCGAGUGUACGGCACAUACACUGGUUUUCAGCGUAGUAUAGCCAUCAACGAGCCCGACCUGCUCCGCGACAUCAUGGUUAAAGAUUUUAAUAUUAUGCCCGACCACAAGCACUUUCAUGUGGGCAGCUCUAAGAUAGGCCAGAGUCUGUUUUUUAUGCCCGGCGACGAUGACUGGAAACGUGUGCGCUCUAUACUGACCCCCGUGUUUACGUCGGGCAAACUCAGAGCAAUGUUGGGCCAUAUCGGCGGCAUUGCCGACAAAUUUGUUGAAAGAAAGCCAGUAGAUAUGCGCAAUUACGUGGGCGCGUUUACCAUGGAUGUGAUCUGUGCCUGUGGUUAUGGCAUACAAGCGGACACUAUUAACAAUCCGGAUCAUCCCAUUGUAACCAAUGCUAAGCGUGUGCUGGGAUUUAACGGCGGAUUGUCAAUAGUGUUGUCGGCGCUGACACCCGGGUUGGCCCGACUGUUACGGCUCGAGCCGUUUGACAUAAAAGCGGUCAAAUAUUUCGAUGGACUCACAAAACAAAUACUUAAUGAACGCAAAGUUAACAACAAAUCCACGGCAAACGAUAAAUCCAAACGGCGCACAGAUUUCAUUCAAUUAAUACUAGACUCGGAAAAGUCUGACAAAGAGUUGGGCUAUCAUUUGGGUAGUGAAGGGGAAGCGGACAACGAGUCGACAACCGGUGGACAACAGUUGGCUAAAAAAUCUGUGGGAACCCUAACACAGGACGAGACCAUAGCACAGGGUUUAAUAUUUUUUCUCGCCGGUUAUGACACUACCAGUGCCUCCAUAACAAACGCACUGCACUUCCUGUCCAAACACCCGGACUGUCAGCAAAGACUAUACGAAGAGUUGCGAACUUGCGAUGAGUUUACGUACGAAAAGUUAUCGCAAUUGAAAUACUUGAACGCAGUUAUCAAUGAAACAAUACGUCUCGCGCCUUCACUAACACGUAUACAACGGGAAUGUCUCUCGGAUUAUAAACUCGGAAAUACCGGCAUUACAAUACCCGCGGGAACAUCGGUCGAGAUCUAUCCAUACGCUAUACACCGAGACCCAGACUUUUGGCCCAACCCUAACGACUUCAUACCCGACCGUUUCCUGGAGCCCACACACCAUCCCUACGCUUACAUACCCUUUGGUGGCGGACCCCGUGGUGACCCCUCUGUCCAGUAUGACUACGUGUUUAUGUUGUAA